AUGAUUGAAAACGAUAAUUUCUCUACAACACCAACAACAAUCAAUAGAAAAGAAAAAAAGAAUCUUCUUCUAGACAAGAAGGAAGAAAUCUUAGAGGAGGAAAUACAAGAAGAACAACAACUACAAGAUGUUGAGGUACAAUUAUAUUCAGUGAGUGAAAUUGCAAAACAUGAUAGUGUUGGCGAUGCUUGGGUAUCGAUGGAUGGCAACGUAUACAAUGUCACAGACUUUAUGGGUGACCAUCCUGGUGGAUCAGAGAUUGUUGAGCCAUACCUCGGCAAAGACAUUUCACCCGUAUUUCUAGACGAACGUGUCCAUGAACAUGGUGACGUUGCCUAUAACAUGUUGCAACGAUAUUUCAUUGGACAGGUACAAGGUUAUCGCAAGACAUCUCCAUCGGUGCAAGAGAUGAUUAGAUCAAAGCAAAAAUUGGAAUCAAUCUGUUCCGACAAGAACAGUACCACCCCACUCGUAUCGAUGGAAGAGUUGCAAUCUCGUAUCGACGUCACCAAACCAAUGGUCCCACAACUCGAAAAAUUAGAUGGCGAGAAUUAUAUGAGAUGGAUUCAUAGUCAAACCGGUCUCAAGCAAAUCAUCAUAUUCAAUAAUAGCUUCUUGGAAUUAUUUACUAGAUGGCCUUGGUGGUAUAUUUUUGUUCUUUGGGUACCAAUUAUAACAAUUAAAUUAUAUAGUUCAACACAACAAUCAAACUCUUCAUACGCAUUUUCAUUUUUCAUCUUUUCAUUUGGUUUGUUCUCUUGGUCGUUUUUCGAGUACUUGCUUCACCGUUUUGUAUUUCACAUAAAGACAACCUCGUAUUGGGGCAACUUUUUUCACUUUUUCAUCCAUGGAAUUCAUCAUCUUACACCAUACGACUCCACUAGACUCACAUUCCCACCAAUCUUUUCAGCCGUCAUUGCAGUGGCCUUGUGGAAAGGUGUCAACGCUUUCCCAACAACCCUUGUAGAAAAUGGAUUUAACCAGGCUCUCUAUGCCGGUAUUGCUUGUGGAUACAUGCUCUACGACACCAUCCACUAUUACUUCCACCACGGUGAAAUCACUUGGUUGCCUUCCAAGCUCAAAGAAUUCAAAACUCAUCAUCUCAAUCAUCACUACAAGGAUGACAACAAAAACUUUGGUAUCACUUCAACCAUUUUUGAUAUCAUUUUUGGAACUUAUUAA